GUAAAGAUGAAGUUCAUAAGGAUUCUAUGGGUAUUCUGUUGGUGUAGUAUUGAAAUUCACGGGACAACGCACUGGAUGGUUACUGAAAGUGGUUUGAUUCAACCCAGGGUUGACUCACCAUUUGAGAUGGUAAAUCCGCAUGAUUUAUUAGCGUUUCUGAAUCAAGACACACGCUGGGACAAUAUAAUAAAUUUGUACCAGGAACUUUUUUUGCGACAGAAACUAAUUAAUAAAUUAUGGAAGGAAGUAGAGACAGGUAUUGAUGUAGAUACACUACUGUCCAUAGAUCCAAAUUGUAUCAAAGCUGAACCACUAGAUUCUAUAGAUUGGUAUGGAACUGUUUUGGAAGAUAGUCAAACCAAAUACAUUGUUGAGAAAGAACUUUCACAUUACUAUCCUGCAAACAAUAAAAACAUAGAUGUACCAGAUUGUAAGAAAAUAUCUUCAUUGACUUUUAGUAUGUUUGCAUUUGAGCAUUUAGAGGGUAUGAUACACAGAGAAAAUUUGUCUUCUAAUGUUGCAUUGUUAUUACCUGAACAAAUAGAAACUGUUAUGACUGAUGAACAGUUAGGAGACUGGGCAGCAACUACACUUCGUAAAAAUAGUUCUUCCUGGCUACAUUACAAUGUGGCUUCAUUGUAUUGGAGAAUAAAGGGAAAGGCUCCAAAAGCUUUAGAGUGCAGUCGUCGAGCUGUACAUUAUGCACCAAGGAUUUAUAAAGACAUAGCUCUACUCAGUCUUGGUUCGAUACUCCACCUUAGUAGAAAAACAGAAGAUGCUGUGACAAUCCUUAGUGCGGCUGUUGAGCAUGAUCCAUUGUGCCCCUUCAAUCAUUUCGUUCUCGCCAAUGCUUAUGCUGUCAUCGGAGAUUUUAAAAGUUCAUUAAAACAUUUGGACUUAUGCCUUAAGCUGAAUCCAGCAUUUCAUUUGGCUCGAACGCAUAAAUAUGGUGCUCUGUGUCAUGCCAAACUGGUGGAGACAUUGAAAAAAGUCAAAGAGACAAUGGCAGCACUUCGAGUAGAGUUGAAAGAAUUUUACGGCCGAGAAUUACAUUGGCUAAAGUCUCACGUUGCUUUUUUGAGGACAAGGAUACAUGAUGAAGAGUUCGAUUAUAGUAACGUUGAAAAGAACUGUGAGAAAAUAUCAGAGUUAACUGGCCUUAAUAUUAAGCAGUUGAAGAAACAGGGUGAUAAAAAUUAUAUAAUGAAGUAUUUCCUCGAUGGUACUGACUACAAAGCACCAGAGGAAAAGGGUACAUUAGCUAUAGAAUGGGCACAUAGUUUGAAACGGUGGUUAAAACAUGUCGAGAAUCGUGCCAAACUGGAACCAACCUUAAAACAGAAACGAUCAAAAUUAUCAGAAGUUAAUAUAAAGAAAGGAAUUGGCUCUGUACUUGUGUUUUCUAAUGGAGAAAAUAAUGCAAAAGAUGCAGUCUUCAGAGAGAGGUCCAUUGAACAAAAAUCUUCAGGUAGUCGUUCCAAAAAUUUAGAAUUUAAACGAGGUCCCUUAUUGUACCCACCUACAUUGAAAAUUGAUAGGAAUAUAGAAGACUUCGAUAGGGAACCAGACUGGCCAUCAAAUAAAGUAUGCAAAAAUACUGCUGCAAAUAUUCCUGAUAAAUUAGAUGCUAUUUUUCCGGUAUUUUUACCAUUCGAAAACAAGGGUUUAAGCAUGACAGAGUUGUUAACUGAUAAAAUAGGGGUGCCGGCGAACGUGGAGCACGAUGUCCCGUGGCACCCUCCUAUUUGCCCCCAGGACAAGGACUCUGCAGCGUUUAUUGGGAAGAAAUCGCAAAAGCAACAGAUGGUCACCGAAGUGCGAAACGCAAAAUAUCUAAGGCAGAAGCUCCUUGAAUACGUGGGUGACGGCGAUGUAGAAAUUGUGAAACGCAUGCAAGACGCCGAAAUCGGUCAACGUAUAUACGCUGCCAUGGAUAUGGAAUUAGCACCAAAAUGGGUUACAUAUACUCUGGCUUCAUUAUACUGGCGGGUGCGAGGCAAUAAUGCGAACGCUCUCAACUGCCUCCUGACAGCGAAUAAAAUAGUAGAACAGAAAUAUAAGGACAUAGUGCUAGUGCCAUUGGCUUCUUUAUAUAUAGAGAUGGGGUAUUUUGAUGAUGCUCUGAAUGCGGCCGAAGCGGCGUUCAAAAUUAACUUAUAUGAGCCUGCGACCAAUUUUUUACUAGCAGAGCUGAAUAUGCUCAAGAAACAUAGGAAUACGCACAUGUUCCACUUAAAACAAGUAAUACGCCUGGAGCCAAGUUUCAUGGACGGACUCGCUCGCAAUCUGCUCAAUGGAUGGGCAUGCAUACUUAAAGAAAUCCAUUCAGUACAGGAAUUAGAACAAAAAGACGGUGAUUCUUGUACGCAAGUGGAGCCAGGCAUGAGUAUGGUGUGUGAGAAAGGCGGCAUUAAUUGCCACAUGACAAAUGUACAGUGUAUCAAUAGUCAAGAGAGAGAAAGCAGCACACUCCUUCGAAUGCUUGAACUAAAAGAUGACAACGUAAAACGGCCAUCUGAUAAAAUGGACGAUAGCAUAUUCGACGAUUUCAUAGACAACAUGCCCCCUCAGCGAACUAUGAAACGGGCGCAUGAGGUAAAUUAUGAGACAAUGAUGCAAGUUGUGGGCACCGCUUUACAGGGAUGCGGUCCCAGAGGUUGUAAUGAUAUACAACCAGACGAUUUAGCAAUGAAAGAAGAGGACUGCACACAUCAGCAAUUACAGCUCGGAUAUUGGUUGCAUAUUUUUUGUUUCAAGCAGUUAUUUACUGAUGCCAAUUUGAAAUUUCCAGCGGAGAUUACGACUAUGAACCCAUCAAGUAAGAAGAUUCCAGAAUGCCGUCUGUUUGAGCCGUCUGAAGAUUUUUACUUGGACCGCUUGAGCCGCGUGGACACAGAUGGCUGGGAGCCGCUGCUCACACUCAUGCACCAGUUCGCUGAGAUGUUCAAUUUUCACGAUUUUGUCACGCUCGGCUCAAAGAUUGCUAGAUACGUUGACUCUAAGCCGCGGUCGUGGGCGGGAGCGGUCGCCGCGGCGUGGUGGUGCGGCGCGGCGGGCCGGGGGGCCUGCACGGCGCGCUGCCUGGCCGCCGCGCUCACGCUCGCGCCCGCGCACCGCCUCUCGCACACGCUGCGCCCGCUCGUCGCGCUCCUGCACAUGCAAUCAAAACAAAAAGAUGCUAAGGAAAUCUCUUACCUCAUAUUCUACAUGCAGCCGAAGAGUAAAAUAGAAGCAUUUCUGGUAGCUGUUUCGCAUACCUACCUGGAGGAGUACGAGCAAGCAGUCUGGAUGUACCGAUACGCUUUGACGUUCGAUGACAAGUUCCUGCCAGCUAAAGCAUGCCUUCACGCUACCAUGUGUCUCAUGUUAUUCGGAGAAAAUUAUAUGGCCAAGAUUAAAGACUAUUUAGACAAUUAGCUCAAAUUUAAUAUUUAAAGUUCUAGCUAGGUGUUUAACUUUGUCACACUAUGACAAUUUUUUGUCGUCAAGAUUAUACGCAAACGAUAUUACGACUAAAAAGCAAUGUAUAAGCUUUUUACGUCAGUUUGUCGUGGUGCGUUGACGUUAACACAGAGUAGAGCAUGCGUCUAUUUUUCUGCAUUAGAUGCCUAUGCCCGCUUCUUGUUUUGGCUAUACAAAAUUAUAAAUGUGUAUAUGCGACUUUAAACCUAACACUUCACUGAAUAUCAUUUCUAUCUUCUUCGUAUUUAAUGCAUUAUCUCUACAGAUUACUGGUGUUAUAUACGCUGGAAUCGGUUUCGAUGUAGUCCCUGUAACAUACAAAAUUCAUAUUAUAAUAUAUCCGUACAUUACAUUUAAGUAUUACAAUACAAUUACAAUCUUUAAUGUCUAAUACAUAAAUAGUACAUAUUUAAAAACUGAAUGUCUAUUAUCGAUAACAAUAAUAUUUAGUCUAUGGAUACAUAAUUACUAAAAAUACUGUAAACAUUAUAAAUUAAAAGUACAUUACUUAAACGAUUGUGAUGGUACAAUAAUUUUGUGCUUUUAACUCAGACAAUCAUAUAUAUUAAUAAUCUAGAGUAAACAAUAAUCAUUAAAUUAAAAAAAAUACCGUUCAUUCACAAAUAAUUUUAUGCCGAUAUAGUACAGUUGUUAAAUGCAAUAGCACUUUAGCUGCAUGAAAUGGUUUUCAGAAAAUAAAAUAGUAUAAGGAAUAAAAUACAAGUAUAAUACAUAUGUGAAUCAGAUAUAAUAAUGCUUUGUUCUUUUUGUUGUGUUUAAUUUGUUUUUGCUGGCAGAUAAUGUUUUAUAAUUUUAUUACCGCUAUAGAAUUCUUAUUUGGUUUUAAGUUUUAAGCCAUUCUGCCUACAACGAUGAACAAAAAAUUUUAUUAUUCUAUUUUGUUAAUAUAUGGAUCUAAUUAUCUGGACAUAAAAGAAUGAGAUAAAACAAAUGGAAGAGAAAUAUUUCGGGGAGGUAAAAAUGAUGUAGUACCCGAAAAGUCUGCGAUCAAAAUUAUAACAAAGUAUUUACGUUAUUUAUUAUAAAUAGAA